UUUAGUCUUCGAUUCUCCCAACACUCCAAUUAUGUCACAGAAAUUUCCCGAAGUCCAAGGAGGCGGCUCGCUGAUAGUCGCUUGGCAAGUUAGAAACAAAACGAUUCUCGUGGUGGGCGGUGGAGAGGUCGCCGCCGGGCGUAUUCUCCACGCACUCAAUGCAGACGCAAAAGUAACAGUCGUCUGUCCGGCAUCAGGCCUCAAUGACGAAGUCGCGUUUAGAGUAUCCCAAGGGCAAGUCACUCAUGUGGACCGCAAUUUCGAGCCAACAGACCUAGAUGGCGCAGACAUGGUCCUGGUCGCCGUGGACGAUCCCGAAGCCUCGACCCAGAUCUGGAAACUCUGCAAGGAGAAGCGCAUCCCCGCAAACAUCGCCGACGUGCCUCCAGAAUGCGAUUUCUAUUUCGGCAGUGUCCACCGGGAUGGCCCGUUGCAGGUCAUGGUGAGUACCAAUGGGAAUGGGCCAAAGCUGGCCAGUAUCGUUCGGAAGAAGAUUGCCGAUACGCUGCCUGAUAAUAUGGGCGCUGCGAUUGACAAUGUGGGCAAGCUGCGGAAGAAGUUGAGGGAGGUUGCGCCGAAGCCUGAAGAAGGACCGAAGAGGAUGAAAUGGAUGUCCGGAGUGUGCGAGUCGUGGAGCUUGGACGAUCUGGUUGAAAUGACUGAUGACGAUAUGGAUGGCCUCUUGCAGCAUUAUAAAUCUGGCAAGAUCCCUACGUUGAGUGACAUUCGCUCUUCUACCUAAGGUAUUAUGGCAUUGGACAUGGAUAAUGUGUAACUUUUAAGCGACCCAGGAGUGGCUAUGAAUAUAAUGCUUUUCGAUAGUCCUCUGGUUUUUUUUGUAUGAUAUACAGCCCCUUUCUACGAUUG